CUGGCCGAGCUGGCCGCCUUCUACGUGCAGCACGGCGCCCUGGUGGACAGCGUCAACGCGCACCUGGAGACGCCGCUGGCGCUGGCCGCCUACUGGGCGCUGCGCUUCCGCGAGCAGGAGUACAGCGCGCCGCACCACCGCCUGUGCCGCCUGCUGCUGGCCGCCAAGGCGCAGGUCAACGCCCGCGACGACGACUUCAAGGCGCCGCUGCACAAGGCCGCCUGGAACUGCGACCAGGCGGCCAUGCGGCUGCUGCUCGAGGCGGGCGCCGAGGCCAACCUGCUGGACGUCAACGGCUGCGCCGCCAUCCAGUACGUGCUGAAGGUGACGCCGGUGCGGCCCGCCGCCCGCCCGCACCUCUGCUACCAGCUGCUGCUCAACCACGGCGCGGCGCGCAUCUACCCGCCCCAGUUCCACAAG